CAUUCAGUUUAAAUAGAGCUUUGUGAACCACAUGGAGAGACAGAGCUGUCUGGAGCGCCGAGGCUUCAUUGCGUUGAAAUUGUUUGGACUUUAGAAAUAUUAAAAUUUCACCAAAAUGGAUAUGAUUUCUGGGAUGCAGAAGAUGUCGGUGGGGCAGCCGCCAGCGGGAAGGGGUGCGGCGUGUCUGACAUGUAAAGGGAUCUGCUCUGGAUUCCAGCCACAUUCCUGGAGAAAAGCUUGCACUCAGUGUCACUGCAGCCAAGAAGACCACGCACCCAGCUCGGACCUUGACGAUGACUAUAAAAUGGGCCGAUUGUUGGCGAACUCCAAGUAUGCCCACCUGACUACCAAAGUGAAAGGUGGAGAUGGCCUGAGGGUCUACAAACGCAACCGCAUGAUCAUCACCAACCCUGUGGUGUCUCGCAAAGACCCCACCUUCAACACCAUCACCUAUGACUGGGCCCCACCUGGCCUGACUCAAAAACUGGCCAUGCAGUAUAUGGAGCUUCUCCCGGAGGAAAGGCGGCCCAUGGCGGGCACAGAGGGGGCGCUGUACAGGCGCAGGCAGUUGAUGAGGCAACUCCCUGCUUAUGAUCAGGACCCGUCACAGUGUCACAGCUUGUCAGAGGCUGAAGUCAAAGCCAUGGCUCAGUUUGUGAAAAGUUAUAAGGAGGAGGCAUUGGGAGUGGGGGAGGUAGCGCUGCCAGGAGAGGGAGGAAUGUCCAAAGACAACGGUGGAAAACAGAAGGAUGGGAAAGAACAGCCAAACCCAGAGCCCACCACCAACGGCACACUGGAAGAGAACGGCAAGAAGAGUGAAUAUCACUGUAGCGGUUGCGGGCAGUUGGCAGCUCUGGACAGUCCCGUCGUGUACGCAGAGAGAGCGGGAUACGAGCGGCUCUGGCACCCUACCUGCUUUGUGUGUGCGGAGUGUGGCGAGGCGCUGGUUGAUCUGGUGUACUUCUGGAGGAAAGAGACACUGCUCUGUGGCCGGCAUUACUGCCAGAGUCUGAAGCCACGCUGUCCAGGCUGCGAUGAGCUGAUCUUCUCAGAGACAUGCCAUCAGGAAAGUGGCCAGGCCUGGCAUAAGGAGCAUUUCUGCUGCUGGCAGUGUGGCCAGAAUCUCCGCGUUCAGUGUGGCUGCACCAAAAAAACCCAAAAGUGAAAGCAUCGAGCCACUAAACCAACCUGCUGAGUGGAAGCAGAAGGCCAGUUUGGAUAUACUACAUUGUUUUUGCCAAUUUUUCAGACCUGAUGUGCCAUCCAGACUGUAUCUCCCUACUAUAUAUGAAUUCUAAAUAGGAAUAGAAAUGACGUCACACCAUUAAUUUAGACAGUGGAGGCAGUUAUAUCUAAGUAAAAAAGUGUAUGUGUAAAGAGAGUGAACCUUUCAUUAGCAGACAUCAAGUGUAUUAUCAUAAAAUGGUGUUUUUUGUUUUUUUUACCCAAAGCUCCAAAGCGGUUUUAGUUACUGAGGAUUAGUAAACAGAACGACCCACGCCUGUCUGUUUAGAGAAAAUCCAUACUGCACUAAUGCUUCAUGUCAUUAUAUAAUGCAGUCAUGGGUGCAACUUGGCUGAGAACCAGAGCUGAUGUGAUGAACAGGACGGACCUUUAGGGCUGAGACCUGUUUGCAUCAUACGUCUGGUUAAAGCAGCUCAUGAGAGCGCAUGGAUGACUCACAGAUGAGCUGGAGGUUUGUCAGAAACAACCAGCAGUGAUUAGACUGUGAGUUCAAAACAUAAAGUGACACUGUUUUUCUUCACUGGGUGACAGACACAUUUGAAAUGACAGACGAGAUCGAAAUUUCCGAUACAGCAACGAAACAGCAACAGGGAGCGAGACGUAGAAAACGAUUAGUGCUAACUGUUUUAAAGACGGAUGGUGCGAGGCCGUGGUUCUGGACAGAGUGAAAGGUUCCAGCUUCCUCUCUGCCAGCUGAGUUGUCUGGAGUUUCACAAGCCGCCAUUUGCUGGUGCUGUCAGAGAUAAAACAGAUCCUGUCUCGUAUAAGCACGUGGAUAAGAGUUCAUGGAGUGAACGUGGCCAAUGCGUGAGGGCGUUUCAUGCAAGUGUGUUUGUAAAUAUUUCAUAGCCCUGACACUUACGGCCUGAGCUGGGAUUCCUGUAACAAUGGGAGAGUGUUAGAUUGUAUAAAGCGCUGUGUCUGGCCCUGCUUCAUAUUAAGUGUCCUUAAGUAUUAUAUAAAUAAUUAUCUAAGACUUUAUGUAAGUGUAAAUGAUUACAUUGAAGUACUUGUAUUAGAUUUAUUUACUUCAAUGUAAUAACAUAGUCAAAUGUUUGGACACAGGAGAUUGAAUACACACUCACUGGCCACUUUAUUAGGAACACCUGUACAUGUGCUCAUUCAUGCAGUUAUGCAGUGAGACAAUCAUGUCAGAGGAGAGGUAAGAAAAGAAUGGCCAGACUAGUUUAAAGUAACAGGACGUCUAUGGUCACUUAAAUAACCACUCUUUACAAUCGUAGUGAGCUGAAAAGCAUCUCAGAACAGCUAACAUGUAGAUCCUUGAGGUGGCCACGUUAUGUUCCAGUUUCGGUGCAGCCGUGCCCACUGUAGCCUCAGAUUCCUGUUCGGAACCCGAUGGUGCUGCUGUUGUAGCUCAUCUGCCUCAGUGUGUGAUGUGCUGUGUGUUCUGAGACGCUUUUCUGCUCACCACAGUUGUGGCUGGUCUGUUUAAAGUGUAUAGACUGUAUAGACAUAAAAAUCUCUGGAGAUCAGCAGUUUCUGAAAUACUCAAACCACACCAUCUGGCACCAACAACCACGGUCAACAUAGGACAGCUUUAAGUACAUCAUCAAGUAUAUAGUACUUAAGGACGCUUAAUAUAAAGUGGCAACUUUAAAAUAUAGAACAUUUUCAAUAGUUUAAACUAUUUUCUUUCAAAUGUAAAACUCUGUGUGUGUUGAAGGAAAUCUUCUUUAUUUCCCUGCCUAUGAUGUUGAUUUCUCUCUGAGAUAUAAAAUCCAUCACAAUCAUUAGAUUUCUGCAACACCAGCCACAAACAGCAGUCCUGGACUGGAAUUGCGUCCAAGCCUGAGCGGUUUUGGAUUUCUGGCAGUAAUGUAACCCUGUAUCAUUUCGCCGUUGUUUUAAAUGUUUAUACAGAUGUUUCAGUUAAGCUUUAGAGAGAAAAUAAAUGCCUUAUAUGUGAAAACGUGCCAGUUCCUGUAAAUGUGCUUAUUUUAUUAUGAAUAUUAAGUUUCGUAUGGUUAAGAUUAAUGCGUUUGGAGAGAGAAACAAAGUGUAGACGCGAAGAGGCGACGUUGUGUGAUUAUUUUUCUUUCACAGUGAUCUAGUGCACAAUCCCUGAGGGCAUCUCGGAACGGAAGAUCUUUGAAACUAGAGAGGUUUAGCUAUCAAAGAUUGUUUGUGUUCGUAUUUAUUAAUGAUGUGAAAACUUACCUUUUGGUUUAAUGUCUUCUCAUUGGAUUUAGGAAAAAGGAGAAAGUGUUUGGUGCUUGUAAUUUAUGAAGAUGAUGUGUAUUUGUAUGAUGUGUUUGGUCGUUAAAAAGGUACAAAUUGAUAUUUAGAAACGGAAUGUUCAGAUUAUAAAUUGUAAAAGGAGGACGAGAUGUUUCAGGUAUGAUAUACCGGAGGUAGAAUCAGUUUAUUACCUUUUAAAUGAUUUUAUUACUAGUGGAAAGGGGAGUAGUUGCAUAUUUUUGAGAACAUUAGUAUCAUAAACUGGUGAUGAAUUAUUUUGAUAUUACGUUGACAUGCUUACUUUGAAUAAAUCAACUGGAAGGCUGACCUUAGAGUGGAAAAUGGAUAAAGGACGCUAAGCAAAGUUCUGCUUUAUUCUGUAUGCAAUUAUCAAAUCUUUUGUUUUUGACUGUUUAAGUAUAAAUCUCAGUUUUGAUAUCUGAUAUGAAUCUUUUUAAAGAUUCUAUUCAUGUAUAUUCUAUUCUGAAAGCGAUGUUUGUGUCCAUUGCCAAGUAAUAAUGAUUGAUGCAAUGAUUUGUGUUGUUUGUUUUAAAACGGCAUUAUGCUAUGCAAAGCUUUUAUGCAACAGUUUUUUUUCUGAGAACGUUUUUUGUUCAUAUCAGCCGAGUACAAAAGUUUGCAUCCCCUCAUGGCUUUUGAAUGGGGAAAAAAUAAAAACUAUUUCACAAUUUAUCUACAGAGUUCCAUACUACACCUACUUCUGAGUGGAUCCAAAAGCUGAUUCGAGGAUAUAAAAGAUAGAGAAAACAUCCAAAUUAUUAAAGAAUAUUUGUAUCAUAUUCAAAAAGGACAAUUUAAAUUUUGAACUGGUAUAAUUUUGUAUGUUUUCACUGUUAAUAUUUUAUCUUACACUAUCUGAAUAUUUAUUUGCUAUGAAUUAAUUUUUUUUGUCUUUAUAUAUCUUGUCCUAAGGGUAUACAAACUUUUGCACUCGACUUAUUAAAGAUUCUUUAAGGAGUCUUUUUCCUAACGAGUUGACCUGGUUGACAAUAAUGCCUUCAUAUUUAAAUGUAUUUCCUUGACCUAGGAAUAAAUACCACAACAUAUA